CCUGAUAAUGCUCAGCUGACCCUUACUUUCAGUACUAGCAGGAACGUAGUGCGUGAAAGACGUAAGCUUCGCUCGCUCCGCUCAACUAGGGAUUCUUUAACAAUAAUCAUACUCUAAAAUGGUAACAACGUCGAACUGCUGUUUCUGCUUCUCAGUGCGGACAGGGACUCUGAUCAUAGGAUGGAUUCAAACGGUGUUCGGAAUUUUAAACGUAGCUGCCAACAUUACAGCGAGGUCUUCUGGACAACAAAGUGAACUAGCUUCAACCGCCGCUGGUUCCUGGUCCAACAUCAUCUUAGGGUGCUUGCAAGUAUUGGUGGCCAUAGGUCUACUUUAUGGCGUGUAUACGCACCACAGAAAGUCCGUAUACUUUUACGUCUUUCUACAAGCGGCACUGAUUGUCAUUAAUAUUAUCAUGGUGAUUCUUCUGCUCAUCUACGCAGCCUUUAGUAACGUUGCUAUGGUGAUCUGCUCUAGUAUUAUCGUGUGGCUUAUACAAACAUAUCUGGUUGUCGUAGUCUACAGCUUCUACAAGGAAAUGGAAGAUCAUAUGUGAAACUUGUGACCUUAUCGUUGUUGUAUACUAUGAACAAUUUUCCGGAGAUCUUUGGUUGCAUAUUAAUCAGCAAACCUAUACAAUUACUGCUUACAAUAUAAAAUCCACAACUUAUAGAAACCUAACGAAUCAAACGUUUUCCUUUCAAUAAAGUUUUAGUUGCAUUAUAAUUGUCCACCUCUGUAAAAGGUCUGUCCCUGCUGGAAUUAUUUUUCGUAUAUUUUUAUAAGCCGAUUUUAAAUGAACACGACAUUUAAACCACCACAAUAGUAAUUUUAUUGGUUAAAAUCGUUAUCAGAAUCCAAAAUAGCUCAGUACACACAUCAGUACACCCUCAGGGUCUAAUACACACCUUUAUGAAACAAUUCUAGUAUAUAUGUAUAUAUUCUUUUGUGUUUGUAUGAAUUGUUUUUUAUAAAAUAAUAAUAAUAACGAUAAAACUUAUAACUGUUGUAAUCAACCUAUAAUUGUAUACACAUCAAUUCGUUUAGUCUUUUAUCAUAUCAGUUUGUUUUGUAUACUGUAUAAUAAAAUGUGUGUUUUAUUUGUG